ACUUCAGUGUCAAGUUUAGCUCCUGCUGUGAUCCCAUCCAGUGCGCGUUCGCUAUCUAAUAAACAUUUCAAACAACUCAAAGGACUUAAAGCCCAGUGUACAAACAAAAGCUCAAUAUGAAGUUCUGUGCAGCAAUUGCUUUGUUGGUGAUCGUCGGCUUUGUGGCAAGCGGUGAUGCUUUGCCAGCCAGAAAAAAUCGGCAAUUCCUUAUUCCAGGAAUGGUGUACUACCAGCAGCCAGCCGCCGCUGAAUGGUACGCAGGUGCUCCCCAGCAGAGAAUCAUGUACAUGCAGUAUGUGCAGCCAGGACGCACCCAUGCCCGCUCCACUCAGGCGGCCAGCGCACUUGUCGCUGGUGAAACUGUUGCCACUGGCACUUAUCUGAAGGAAGCCGAUGUUGCUGAUGUCAGCGCUGAGGGCAGCCAGGACGAUGGCGCCUAUCUGCAGGCUAACAAAGAUUGCAAUCAUCCAGAAUCCGAUGUGCCAGCUGUUGCUGAGGUCGAAGCUCCUGCUCCCGUUGAAGAUGCUCUGAGCGCUGCCGGUGCCCAUGGUGCCAGCUCCUUGGCCGAAGCCUAUCCCGAUGAGGCACCCGUUGUGCAGACAACCGUUGAGCAGGCCAAGAAGCCACGUGAUUACAACUUUGCCGCUGCUGAGGAAGCCGCUGCACCAGCUGCUGAGGAGCCAACCGCGCCAGUUGAGGAGGAGCUGCCAGCACCAGCACCAAUUGCCCCAUUAGCACCUGUGCCCGUGCCCGUCAACCGUUAUCUGCCAUCCAAGAAAAAGAUCAUUGUUGAGCUGGAUCAGUCCGCUGAGGAUCUGGAGGAAACUCAGGCUGCUGCCAUUGAAGAUGAGGAGACCGAGAACGCCGUUGAUGACGAAGAGGAUGAGGAAGAGUUGGCCGUGCCAGUCAAGCCAGUGCGCAAGAAUCCAGUCCGUGUGCCCAACGCUCGUCGUCCAGCUGCCAAGCAGCCAGCCGCUCCUGCCAAGCCCUCAAAGAAGCCCGCUCCACUGCCCGCUGGCACCUUCUUCCCCAUUGACUUUGGUGGCACCAACGGCGGCGCCAUUGCCAUUGCCAACUCCUUCAGCACCGGCGAGGGCGGCUCUGCCACUUCCCACGCCAUUGCCUACGGCUCUCCCGAUGCGGCACGCGCUCGCGUCCGUCCCGGCACCAGCAAGCGUCGUCAUUAAGCCCAGAUAACUUCCACAUUGACCAGCCAGGUGUAACAAUAUUUCCAUCUCUGUAAGCAAAGAGUUUUGAUAAUUUAGUCGAAUUGUAAACGUUUUGAGCUCUUUUUUAAAUAAAAAUUUCUUUUGUUUUUG